AGUGCCCCGCGGGGAUGGAGCAGACGCGGGCGGGCGGCCGGUGCAGCGGCUGCCGGGGCUGAGCGCGCGGCCGUGCCCGCCUGCGGGGACCAUGCUCUGCCCGGCUCUGCGGGCCCUCCUCGUAGCGGCGGCAGGACUGAGUGUUGUUCACUCUACAACAGUAAAAUCUGUGACGUCUUCCUCUCCAUUUAUUCCUGGGAAAAAGACCAUAGAGUUGGAAACAACUGAAAUCGCUCUCCUUACCACCACAGCUGCUAGUAUCACAGUACCAACAGCAGUACCAGCAACACCAGUAGCAACAGAGAUUACUACAAACAGCAAAGUCACAUCAGGCUCAACAGAACAAGGCAAUAACAACACGGUCUCUACAGUCACUUCAGAAGAGCCAGCAACUGCUACCACAUAUCUAUCAGGGACAGGAAGCACAGACUUUGCAACAGCUAGUCAAUCACCAUCUGCAAAUGCAGGAUCAGAAUCAACAGCCACAGAACACAUCUCUACUUCAACAGUUACCAGUAUAGCAAGAGAUAUACAAACCAGCCUGCCAACAGAUACCACAGCUUCAGAAUUGGCUACCCAUUCUACGGCAGUCCCAGCAACCAUCACUCCUCACCUAAUAACUACUCUGUCUCCAUCACCAUCCACAGGUUCUUCCACAGCAUCUCCCAUUACAGGUUCCAGCAAAACCCAGCUGCCAACCACCUAUACCUCCCCAGCAGGACACACUACAGAGGAAGUCGCUACUCAUGAGACACCCCCAGUGCCCACCUCCUCAGGGCCAGUAACUGGACAGACAUCUUACCAACUUACAUUGACAAACAAAAUUGCCACUGAGAACAACUCCACUGACAGCACUAGUCUCUCUACUGGGGUAGCUAUGGAAGAAGUUCAGCAUGCUUUGAGUAAAGGUAGCAUUGCAGCCAUUACAGUGACUGUCAUUGCUGUGGUACUGCUGGUGUUUGGGGCAGCAGCAUACCUGAAGAUCAGGCACUCCUCAUAUGGACGGCUUUUGGAUGAUCAUGAUUAUGGAUCUUGGGGAAACUACAACAACCCCCUUUAUGAUGACUCUUAGUAGAGGAAUAUGGACAGACAAGAAAUCAAUGUUGUUAUUUAUAAGUGCUUACUCCAUAAAACAACCGCUGCCUGAUUUUAGUUAUCACUAAAAUGAUCCAGUUCCAUGCCAUGUUCUUCUGCUUCUUCCUCUGUUGCACAAUGGAUCAUAAUUCUAAGAGAAGCCUAUGUGCUGAAUCACACCCAAAAUGAGACCAAAGCGAAGCUGACAGACUGUAGUUAUUGUCUCUCAGCCACAGGCAGUUACUUCACGUGCACAAUACAUUUGGAAGGCUUUUUUUUUCUUUUUUUCCUUUUAUGUAAGAAGCUCUAUUAAAUCUCAGCAAGGGAAAAGGGAAAUUAUGACUGGAGGGUUUCCAUCUGCAUGGCUUGUGUGCCUUUGAUUCUCCUUUAAUCUUCCCUGUCUCUCCAUAGCUGCUGGGACUGUGGUCAGAACUCUGCUGUGCUGUACAUUGGCUUCUUAUGAAAGGUUUUAACAGAAAUUAUCCAGAGGGAAGGGAAAGAUAAAAAAGGAAGCUCACAGCAGGUUAAUGCCAGAACCUGAUGCUUUUACUGUUUGUCCUUACCAGGGUGUCUCAUUUUGAGUUCCAAUUAAAAUCUAAAUGAAGCUUGAAUCCACCACCUAAACCAUGGUGUUCAGCCUGUUUUCACUCUGAUGUGUUAUGCUGUGAAGUGGAGGAUUCAAGAUAAACAGGAUGAAAUGACAUAGGGACUCACCUCUGCUACAACAGAGUCAUGUGGAAGAACUGCUAUCGGGGCUGGGAAUGUUUCCUCUGAAAGUGUUAGGAGCAGAUAAGAGAGGCCUGGGCAUUCUUCCUGCUGUCAAAAUGAUACGUGAAACUUUUGCACCCAAAAUACCAUUUACUCUGAGCUGUCUGUUGCUAGUAAAGAAAGCUACUAUACCCAAAAUAGACCAGCCACAGAAGCUAGCUCUUAGUUUUGGCUACUUGAGCAAGUCCUAUUUAACAGGAGUAAGGACUGCAGAAUUAGACCUAAAAUUAAGACCUGUGGCUGAGGUAUUCAGCACUCCAGGCAAUUUACAUGCACUUUUCACUGAAAGAGUUUCCUACACUGCUUCGCUUUGAAAACCCUACCCAUAAGGUUUAAUAAGCUGUGGCUCCUUGCAGCAAAUACACAGACCAGUCUAACCACCGCUCACUCUCACCUCUCCUUCCCCUCCUUUCCUCCCAUUCAUGUGCAGAAGUCUGGAUGUUUGUUUGUAUUACAUAAAAGAAACUCAAUAGACCUCCCCUGUGCUAAGGAAACAUACAUUGAGUGCCUGCUUUUGCAAAAUGAGACAGAAUUAUUGUCAUCUGCUACAGACAUUGUUGCUUUGCUUACAGUUUUAUUUUUAUCCUUUAAAAGGUCAUUUGCUAAACUAUAAUGAAGUUGUUUUAAUCCUGAGUUUCUGCUUACAAAUUUACUGCUGCUGCAAGUAAACAAAGCCAGAUGGGUUGAUUUAUGACAAGAUCAAAAUUUGCUUUAAUACACAUUAUUGUUUCCCCUUAGAGCUUUUGAUCUGACAGAACAAUGACUCUCAAAACGCUGAUUUUUCAGCUCAGUAUUUUUUUAAGCUGGUGCACAGUGUAAUUAGGUUAAUGUGUAUUAGCUUAUCCAGGGAAUAGCGGUGAAUGGACAUAGAUUUCUAUUGUACCAACAGACAGCACACAAAUGUCAUUGCUUCUGAAAAUCUAAGGUGGUAUGGGAACUUACUUUGUAGCUAUCACAUUCUUAUGUCAAACAGAAGCCAUAGAUGGCCUCCUGUGUGCUUGGGACAUUUUACAAGAGUGAUGUUAAUUUUUUGGAAUGAGAUAUGCAGUUGUCCUGCUGUUGGCAAGAUGUCUUUUCCAUGUACAUGACUCAUCAACAAAAGACCAGGAGGUACUAUGAAUUUAUAAUGCAGUACCACCAAGACUCCCCCAUCCUGCACCAGGGCCCAUUGUGGUAGAUGCUGUACAGACAUGGAACAAAAAGACUGGCCUCAGAGUCCUUGGGUGACUUAAGCCUGGUAACCUCUGGUGAGACCCCAACUGGAGUACUGCAUCCAGUUCUGGGUGCUGCACUUUAACAAGGAUGUGGUAAAACUUCAGAGAGUCCAGAGAAGGGCCACCUGUAUGAUUAGCGACUUGCACGGCAAGCCAUACGAGGAAAGGCUGAGGGACCUGGGACUCUUCAGCCUGAAAAAGAAAAGGCUGAGAGGGGACUUGGCAGCAGUUUACCACUACGUCAGGGGAGUACAUCAGGGGCUCGGUGAACAACUGUUCACCAGGGCACCCUUGGGGAAAACCAGAAGUAAUGGCCGUUUCAGGCUCAACAUUAGGAAAAAACUUCUUCACAAUCAGGGUGUACAGACUGUGGAAUAAGCUCCCUCCAGAGGUUGUGCAAUCACCUCCCUUGGAAAUCUUCAAGAGGAGGCUGGAUAGUUAUCUUGCUGGGGUUACCAGACCCCAGUUGUCUUUCCUGCCUGGUGCAAGGGGCUGGACCCAAUGAUCUUCCAAGGUCCCUUCCAGCCUUACAAUCUGUGAAUCUGUGAAUCAGGAGGGCUGAAAUUUAGUAAACCCUUAAAACUAUAAGGUCUUCUGUAUCUUCAGCAAUUACAUGGAGAGGAUACUUAUCUACCAUAAUGCAAAGGUGAUAUUGGGGGGCUUAAGAUAUGUCUUGAGACCUCUGUCUCCAGUUUGCUUGAGUCACCACACGAGACACCCUCCAAAGUACCUUCACAGUCUCAUUCCCAGGUUUGACAUGUAUGAAUGGGAGGGAGGGAGGUCAUGUUUGAAGAUCAGUGCUCCACAGAAACACCAGGGAGGCAGUGAAGUCCCCCUCUUAGCAUCUAAACUGUUUUGUCACACACAGCUGAAUGGAUCUAUGUAAGUGCAAUGUAUUUUAGUACUAUGGGAAACAACAGCAAGUUUCCCUUAUUGACUUGGCCAGAUGAAAAAGAGGCCAAUAUUGCUUUGUACCAUUAGCUAGGGCUACUUCUGUUAUACUGUGAAGUCCCAGACUACAGUACUUUGUAUAUUUGCAACCUCAGAUAAACCACAUGUAUUAUUUUAGGAAUGGUAAUUGAGUUUCACAAACACCCUCUGAAACAGCUCAAGCAUAAUUACCACAAGUUUACAGAAAAAUGAGAGGCUGUCCAUAUACAAGUGACAGGCUAAGAAUAUAAUUUGUGUGUUCUGACCACUAUACCACACUCCCUUGUCUUGGCUCAGCAUCCAUAAAGAUUACGAUGGAUUUCCAUUUUUAAUAUUCCUAGUGUUCAACAUUUUCCAGUUGGUUAUGCUACUGACAUCCAGUUGUGUUUCUGUGUAUUACCUGGUCACUGUCUUUUUUCUAUCUUGUAAAUCCUGUGGCAAGAAAAUGAAUCGCUUAAGAUCAAGGCUUGGAUAUAACAGAUGGCAACUACCAGAGGUUUAUUUUCACUGCAGAAGUCAGCACAUCAUAGGCUAAAAUUGCUAAAAAGCCAGUGCUUAAUUUAAGUAAAGGGUAGAACAAGUCUCUAGACUUACUUGAAGAAAGGUCGGGGAUUAACACAUGUAGAGAAGGUUCAAAGGAGCUCAGAACAAGCCUAAUGCACCUAAUGGUCUUUAAGAUCAAAUUGGGAAAAUAAGGUGGGUCAGGGAAGAACUUACUCAUUUCAGUUGUGAGACAUUAAAAGGAGGAGGCUGCACUGUGCUUUUAAUAGGGUAUUGGUACCCUGGCCCGGUAUUUUUACAAAGGUGUAGACAGACAUAACUGUGUUAUCAGUAUUAAUUUAUAAUUGUUAUAUCUGUCCAUUCCUGCGUUAAUAUAAACAGGAUUAAACUACUGUAUCCUUAAACUGACUUCAUUCAGGUUCAUAGUUAUAAUACUUCAACUCCAUUUCCACCACUAUAGAAGUUCCAGUUAAAUUGAAAUAGCUCUUACCAAACCUGGGCAUUUUUUAAAUAGUAGAAAAUUAUUUCUAUCUGUAGCUUGAAAUGUGGUAAUGGCAAUGUUUCAACCAAAGUGGCACAGUCUGUCACACAUAUCAUGAGCAGUACCACAUACAGGAGUCUAGACAAGCCAUUUCUAACUCACUCCAAGUCUAUAUAUACAAUGUGUACACCAAAAAAAAUUAAAUGAUUGGAGACAACCACACCUGAUGAAGUACCAGAAUACAACAGUAAGGACUUGCUGUGUAAAGGAAGUCUCUGAGACUUCCUUAGUUCCAGCCGAGUUAUCUAUUUAUUAGUUCUCCUCCUUCCUAUUUGCCUGUGGGCUCAUCCACACCUCUGAAUCUAUAUGUUCCUCCUAACCCACAGGGGUGGAGGGUUCAUAACUUGCUAGGGUGGUAAUUUGCACAGAUACUCCUUUUACUUUAGCUUUCUGGCAAAUGAAUGUAAUGGUAAGACUGCAAUUUUUUAAAUAAAAAUGCCAUAGAUGGCAGAACCAA